AGUCGAAGCUUAAAUCUGUUAAAGGUGCUCAUUGUUACACUGGCACCCCGUCAACACGAAAGAAGCUCAUUGAUCAGGGCAAAAGAGGAAAUCCUGACAAGAUGACGAACAGCAACAGAGCUCCACCGUUGAGGGAGCUGAAGAGCGUCCGUCAGUUGAAGAGACCAGGUCUAGCUGGGACACCGAGGUCUAAAUCUGCCGUGGACUUCAUCACCUACAAAGACAUGUUUCAGGAGAUACAGAGUGGGGAUGAAGGACCGGCCAUCUACGAGAUGUUUGCUGGUCCGAUCUAUGAUAACCUACGAGUUUCCAGCACCAGUGGGAAAGUAAAGGACAGACAAGUGCAGUCUGCUCCGCCGAGGAAGACACAACAGUGCCAUAAAGUCAAACACAGACCAUUGAAACAAGCACAGAGGAGAAGUCUGGGGGAGAGUGUAGUGGUUUCAGCUAAAAGUAAACAAAAACUUGCGUCCUCCAGGGUUAAAACUCACAAACCUGUACCAAGGAAAGGCACACACAAAAUCAAGGAUAUGCCUAAAUCAGAUGGGCACGCAGAGGCUGAGUUAGCUCUCUCUAAGGAUGUUGACAUUUGUCAUACAACGGCUCAAGAUACUAUCUUAUCUACCAUAGAGGAGGAUCUUUCUAGAUAUGGGUCUGAAACAAUCAAAUCUCAUGACAAAACACUGACUACGCCAGCAGGUUCAUCUCAUGCUGAGGAUUAUAGUUACCUGCACAUGAAUAUGCAAGAAAUUGGAAACCCAAACCGACCGUUUCCUGAGCCUGUGUUAUCUCAAAGCCCCGAACAGCUAAAGGUUAAUACAUGGGCGUCUUCAAGCAGCAACCACACCACCAUGUCACCAGUUUACCGGAAGUUUCUGGAUGAGGUGGGGGACGGGCCGCUUACAGAUGACCUGCUGCAAUGUCUGGCCGAGGAGCUGAUCUCACUGGAUGAGAGGGAUGUAUCCGUAGGCUCCGAAAACAUGGAGUCCAACAGAGAAGACGAGCGAGUGUCAGGAAGAAAUAAAAUCCCUGAGGUUAAUUCAAAAGACGGUGCUGUUCUGCUUGGCUCUGGGUUGGUUGUGGACGACGCCAUCACGUGGACAAAGGGUGAAGUGCUCGGCAGGGGAGCCUAUGGGACAGUGUACUGUGGCCUGACCAGCCAGGGCCAGCUGAUAGCUGUGAAGCAGGUGAGACUGGAUGCCUCUGACCCCGACGAUGCAAAGAGGGAGUACAGUCGUCUGCAGGGGGAGGUGGAGCUGCUCAAAACCCUCAGACACACCAACAUUGUGGGCUUCCUGGGUACCUCACUUUAUCAGCAUGUGGUUUCCAUUUUCAUGGAAUACGUCCCAGGAGGAUCCAUCGCCAGCAUCCUUCACAGGUUUGGCCCUCUGCCAGAGCGUGUCCUGGCUCUUUACACCCAUCAGAUCCUGAAAGGGGUGGCCUUCCUUCACCUGAACAGAGUGAUUCAUCGGGACUUGAAGGGAAACAACGUCAUGCUGAUGCCCACUGGCGUCAUCAAGCUCAUAGACUUUGGCUGUGCGCGCCGUCUCAGCUGCCUGAACCACACUGCCAGCAACAGUGGCGAUCUGCUCAAGUCUGUCCACGGCACACCUUACUGGAUGGCACCAGAGGUUAUCAAUGAGACAGGAUAUGGCAGGAAGUCAGAUAUAUGGAGUGUGGGUUGCACUGUGUUUGAGAUGGCCACAGGGAAACCACCACUGGCACACAUGGACAAGAUGGCUGCCUUGUUCUACAUUGGGGCUCAAAGAGGGUUGAUGCCCUCCUUACCAGAUGGGUUUUCAGAAAACGCCAAGAAUUUUGUGGCAAUCAGCUUGACAAGUGACCAGAGACUACGGCCAUCUGCAGACCAGCUGCUGAAGCAUGUAUUCAUUCCUCAAAGUGACACUGAAGAGAACUCUUGGGAAACACAGAAAAAGAACUGCUGUGGUCACCCAGAGGGACUGUGUGGCUAAGCUACACAAAGACAGAAUGCUUUUGAGUUCAAGGGGACAUUUAAUGCGCCAGAUUGUUGAUUCAAAACAUUAAGUACUCUUCAGUGACCCUUUAAGGCAGUGGUUCCCAACCUGGCGUCCGGGCACCCCUCAGGGGGCGGCAAAGAACACAGGGGGACGCAUGUCUUUAUCUGGUUUGAGGUUGAGGUAAAAAAA